AUGGUGGCCAUGCCGUUCUGCAGCGGGUGGGUGGUGGGAUUGCCCGGGGUCGUGCCGCCGGCGUCGGCAGAGGCACCGGCGGCCUGGGUGCCGGAUGCGGGGCCGGGCCGGCCCCCGGCCGCGGUGGCCGGCGGGCUCGGCCGGCCGCCCGCCGCCUGGGGCCGGAACACCGGCACCCGGCCGGGCAGACUGCCGAAGGGCAAAUACAGCGGGAAGGGCUGGAAGGUGAAGGUAUGCACCGGGGUGCCGCCGCGAGGGGCAUCCGCGCCAUCGGUACCGGCGCCCGGCCGGCGCGAUGCCGAAUCGCGCUCCUGCUGCUGGCGCUGCUCCUGCUGGGCCGAGCUGGCGGCCUCGGCCGGCGACACCGGCGGCGGCUGGUUUGUCCGCGACACCAGGUGCACGGUCACCCCGUCGGUGAUGCUGUAA